UCCAUUUUAGCACGACUAUGGGGAAAGUACACUUUUAUGCUGUGUGGUCUUUACACGAAGCACCUCGUCAGUUCAUCAGUAAAGUGAACCGCACCAGUUACCAGCUCCAGAUUCCUCUGCCAUUACCCAAACAGCUUGUCGUGUUCAGUCUAGGAGACUGGACCUCAUUUUCUUGUGAGACUACUAUUUUAAUUGAGGUAUUCGUGAGUCCAGAUGUUCAAACACAGAAAAUUGGAGUCCUCUCGCCACAUUCAAGGUGCUUGGUGUGGGAAGGAGAUUGGACACUUGACCUUUUAGCUGCAUCUGCAGAGAAAAGAAGGAGAGGUGCACGUGCAAAAGUGUUGCUAACUGUUUGUGGAGAGGUGAAAGCCAGCUUUGUUAGUAGUACACCACUGGUGAAAAGAAAACGACUGGUUUGCAACCAAUCCAUCAGUCUCUCCCAUUCCCACCUGAGCAGUGCUAGUAACAACAAUCUCACAUCUCAGAAAUCGCCUGAAGAGACUGUCAGCUAUGCUGAGCUCAAAACAACCAAAGAGGAUACGCAGAACACCAGCCUUGGAGUGUGGACUAUGGAUAAAACUCCAAGACGGUCAGUGAUAGGAAAGAGAGGACGCAUUUGGAGCUGUGAGGGACCUGAAACGCCACAGAAGUCAAUUCAAGAUACCAGCCCUAAGAAGCGCAAACUAAACCAAAUGUGUGAAUCACAAAAUGAGAAGGAAGUUGUCAAAAGGACAAGGAAUUACAGGACAGAGCACCCAUCAAAGCGCUGGCACCAUGCCAUGUGUAUAUGUGAUCCAGACACAGCUAUUCUGAUUGGUGGGGACACUGGAGACCAAGCCCACUGUACAGAUUCAGUAUGGAAACUGGAGAUCGAGGGGGAUUUUUGGUUCCCCAUAGAUUCCUCUGCAUCUGGGCCUCUCCCACAAAGUGCUCAAGGUCACUCUGCUGCCUUCGACCCUGAGCUUAAAGCUGUGUAUGUGUAUGGUGGCCUGAGAAAAGGUCAGCGCUUUAGUGAUAUUUAUGUACUGGAUACUUUGACAUGGAAGUGGAAAGUCAUUAAAGCCAGGGGGAAUGUUCCAUCACUAGCAUACCACAGUGCCAGUAUCUAUAAGAGUGAGCUCUAUGUGUUUGGAGGGUUGCAGCCUAGUCGCGGUUCUGCAGGCAACAUUUGCAGUAACGCCUUGUACAUCUUUAACCCUGAACAUGAGCUGUGGUACCAACCAAUUGUGGAGGGUGACCGUCCUCUUCCCAGGUUUGGCCACUCCACCACACUACUGCCUGACAAACUAGUGAUAUUUGGAGGCAGGAAAACUGCUGCCUACUUCAACGAUCUCCACAUUCUAGAUCUUGGAUUUAUGGAAUACAUAUCAGUGAAUUAUGAGAACAUGCCACCGUUGGCCCGUGGGUUUCAUGCUGCUUUGCCUGUGUCUGACAACAAGUUGCUGAUCAGUGGAGGCUGCAGUGCUUUGGGAGCACUACAAGAUCUCCAUCUCUUCAGUCUAGAUACCAACUGCUGGACGUCGCUGGUGUGCCCAUUGCUCACCUCAAAGCCUCGUGCUGGCCACAGUCUGAUUAUGCUGAGUGACACUGCUGCCUCACACACCGAUAAGAGGGGCCAGGGAGAUGGCCAUUACACCUGCCCCUCCAUCCAAUAUUCCAUCUUGGUGUUUGGGGGUUCAGAUUGUGCUGGAACAUUUUAUGAGGAUACAGUCAAAUGCACAAUCGAUAUUCCUUCUCAAGUGCAGGCAAAGGAAACAAGCAAGAUCAGAACGUACAGAUGGGAAACCUGACAGCAAAGGUUUCCUUACAAAGAGUAAAUUCGAGGGUUUUUUUUUUUUCCCACCACACUAUUUAUGGGAGAACAUGGAACUUCUUCUGAUGAAUAGCACUUUUUUAAACUUCUUUUUAAGCCGAUUAGGUAUUUUACAUAUUUAAACAGCUGUUUUACAGCUAGUGUUUUGUGAUUAUUGCAA